GCGAAGCGUUCGCGACGUCAGAUACCCUUCACCCCGGGGGCGGGGCGGUGAACACGUUGCAUGACCUUUGCCGCCGGAAGUGAGGCUCUCGCCGAGUGACCGCCCUCUCCGUCCCUGUGGGUGGCGGUGGGGAAACCGUGUGUAGCAGUUUGUAAAAUCAGAGGCUUGUUGCAUUUAGUCUGAAGGAGCGAUGGCUGUUUGUGUCGCUUUGAAGCGGCCGGGCUUGUGGUGCAGGUUUACUGUGACCGCGGCUCGAUUUAGUCGCACUGAGCGGUUUUUUAAUCAAGGAGCCAAGGUUCUGUACCAAAGUAAUGACUCUACUCAAGUCGUAAAGCUCUCUGAAAUGCAAACGCUGAUGCUGCCACCUGGAACGUUUAAGGGUAAACUAGCUUUUAUCACUGGUGGAGGUACUGGACUCGGGAAGGGAAUGACAACUGCCUUGUCCUCUUUGGGUGCUGAAUGUGUUAUUGCAAGUAGAAAACUGGAUGUUUUGAAGCAGACAGCAGAAGAAAUCUCUUUGCAAACUGGAAACAAGGUUCAUGCAAUUCAGUGUGAUGUGAGAGAUCCAAACUCUGUGAAAUCUACAGUGGAGCAAAUGUCUAAAGUGGCAGGACUUCCUGAUGUUAUUAUAAACAAUGCUGCUGGAAACUUCAUCUCGCCCUCGGAACGACUUUCUGCUAAUGCUUUUAAAACUAUUGUAGAUAUUGUUCUUAAUGGUUCUGCAUAUGUAACUCUAGAAAUUGGAAAAGAAUUGAUUAAAGCAAAAAAAGGUGCAUGUUUCCUCUCUGUUACUACCAUCUAUGCAGAGACUGGAUCAGGAUUUGUCAUGCCCAGUGCCUGUGCAAAAGCGGGAGUGGAAGCCAUGAGCAAGUGA